GUGAGUGUGAUGCUACAACCUCCUUAUAAAGGGACUCUCUCUCACGUUGUGGCUUGGAAAUUAGAGCACAUUGCCUAAAAUUGAGGUCUCCACACACACACUCUCACACAGUCACCGAGAAGCCGCUGCCAUGAGCUGGAUGAACGUGGAAGAGACGCUCCGUGGGGCCGAGACGCCUCUCUUCUGGGUCGGUGCGUUCACUGUGGCCUCCCUGACGCUGUGGCUGCUCUACAGGCUGCUCUCUGGCUUCAGGAUCUGGGUCUUGGGGAACGGACAGCUGCUCUCUCCGAAGCUGGGCAAAUGGGCAGUUGUGACUGGAGCCACCGAUGGAAUCGGGAAAUCCUAUGCGGAGGAGCUGGCUCGCCGAGGCUUCGCCAUGAUGCUGAUCAGUCGCUCGCAGGACAAGCUGGAUGACGUGGCCAGGUCACUCACGGAGCAGUUUGGCGUGGAAACCAAGACGAUUGCAGUCGACUUUGGCAAGUCAGACAUCUACCCAAAGGUCGAGGCAGGGCUGGCUGGUCUGGAGAUCGGUGUUCUUGUCAACAAUGUUGGUGUUUCUUACCCUUAUCCUGAGUACUUCCUUCACAUCCCUGAUCUGGACAAUUUCAUCACAAAUAUGAUCAACGUCAACAUGACCUCAGUGUGCCAGAUGACCCGUCUGGUGCUGCCCAGGAUGGCUGAGAGGUCUAAAGGAGUUAUCCUCAACAUCUCCUCUGCCAGCGGCAUGUACCCCGUCCCUCUGCUCACUGUCUACUCCGCCACAAAGGCCUUUGUGGAUUUCUUCUCUCGUGGCCUUCAGGAGGAGUACAGGCGUCAGGGUAUCAUCAUUCAGAGCGUGCUGCCCUUCUUCGUGGCCACUAAAAUGACUCGUAUCAGGAAGCCCACUCUGGACAAACCCACCCCUGAGCGCUACGUUGCAGCUGAGCUCACCACUGUGGGUCUGCAGAGUCAGACCAACGGCUACUUCCCCCACGCCGUCAUGGGUUGGGUGACCACCAAGCUUGUGCCAAGCAGCAUCGUCAUCUUCCUGGGAGCCAGAAUGAACCGUCUGCAGCGCACCGGAUACCUGCAGCGGAGGAAGCUGCGGGAGCAGAAGAACGGCACGAGUUUGAAAAGUGAAUAAGGAACCAGCUGACGAUCCUGCCGACUGCCGCUCUGUUGUCAUCUGCUGCGGCGUUUAGGGAAGGGUUUGCGUUUAUGUGAUUGAUCCUCCAGGGCUGCCUUAGAUUUCAUCUUUGUGCCUUCAGUAAAUGUGCACAUCAACGAUUGUGCACGACUCUGUAUUUAAAACAAUGCUGCUCUUAGCAAAGGACAUUCCUAUUUUUUUGUCACUGACACUGUUGGUGGAAACCAUAAAACUAUAAGAUAAGUGAUCUGUUAACCCUGCUGUUGUAAGCAGUGGAAAAUGGUGGUGGGAAUCUUUUUUUAUAUGUAUGUAUAAUUAUUUAUUUUAUAAGAACACACGAGCCAAACACGGACCCUCAGCUUUCAACCUGUACACAGAUCAAUGAGCCUUUAAAGAUGGCAACUCCUACUUUCUAUAAUGUCAGUUUCUUUCUGUAGCUCCUCAUCUCCUCUGCAUUGGCUCUCCAUAUCUUUUUUUUCUAUUAAAUUGUGUGUUAACAUAUUUAAAAUGAUACUCUGUGGUGGGUUGUUGUUGCACCAAUGUUUCACUUUUUCUAAGCCAAAGAUUUUCAUUUAAUUUUCACUGUUGCAGUAAACAGUCGUGCCUUUCUACUGACUUGAAUGCUGGAUACGGUCAGAUUCAAUGAGCGGGGAUGGCUGGUUUAAAAACACUGAGGAUCUUCUUCAUUUGGUGCUAUGUCUAAUUAUAUGUUUGCUCCAUUUUCUUAAUAUUCCUAAUCCAAAAAUGGAAGCCUUAAAUGACUAAUGAAAUGUAGUUCAUCGUGUUAUUUCAUUACAAUUUUUCAUUGAUGAAGAAUGUUUUGUAGACAUUUUCACAUUAAUAUUAAAGAGCUGGUGCACAGUUUAUAAUCCCCAUAUGACUUGGUCUGACCUGUGCCUUAGCUGAGCUGCCUUGUGAACAUUUUUCUCUGUAGAAAGUCUUUUUAAUAUGCUUGGAAAAAAAUAUUGCUACAUGUAAAAUGCACUGUUUACAUUUAAACUGCUGGCAACUUUUGUUUUAUAUGGUUUGUUAAUAAAAGCUCUGGCAUACAUCA